AUGAGCCUCUUGAAUGCCCCGUUGCAGUCCUACUUCCACUCAUUCGUCCAGCAUACUUAUGAAUUACUGUCACCGAUCAUAAGCCAUAGUAAAAUCCCAAUCUUCAUCAAGGAUAUUGACCAUCCAUGGAUCAACGAAAACUUGCAGUGGCUGGAGAAUCGCGACGACCCAUUCAAAGAGCUGUGCGACCCGAGUUCCGAAAUUUAUAGAGGAAUUGAUGGUCGCGUGUGUCCGUCUGAUCUCUUUAACCGGCUGGUAAUCGACAACAAUAGUUGGGGGAUGCAGAGGAUGCCUUGGAGAAAUGCUCGAGAACGGUUGCGAGAAAUGGGGGACUGUCCCAUGGCUCUCGACUCGGUUAAACAUCUCCACGUAGACAUCUACGUCAGCAGCGGGGAAUACGGACUCAGAUAUGAUUCACCGGAUCCGGGAGACGAAAUACCCGAGCUCUUUGCAGAUAUCCUGACUUUGAUGCACAAUUUGGAGCGAAUAGACUGGGGGAUUUCUGCGGUGUCUGCCAAUUACUUUGAAAGUGUCUUCUCAAAAAGAAACCUUUCACUCCCGUCGGUCAAUCACCUCGUUCCAAGCCAGUCUUCCUUCUAUCUCAUCCCCAUGUGUCCGAACCUACGAGCCUUGGAAGCCACGGCAUCCAGAAGCGACCAAGGAUCCUUUAUCGAGAGCACUUCUAAAGUGCCAUCCAUUCGAUCUCUCAAUUUUCAAGCUGUACAUAGAUGGAGCGAGCCUCUACUGUCUGAUCUACUCAGAGCCAUGCCGAACCUCGUUUCCCUCUCUUUAAGAGGAAGAAUUGGUGAGGGUGAGUAUAGCGACGAAAGCUUUCACUACGUGGAAGUAGACAAAGAGAAACUACAAAUGAUGAAAAACAACCUCGGUCUUGAGCCUGAUGAUAUAGUCAUCAUUAAACGACCCAACGACCCAUACCUCAAGACUUUCCUUCGAGAACUUGUCGGCUACCCAAAUAUAAGACACCUUGAUCUUCCUUAUUCAGCAGAUCUAUCUUUGGGGUUUGAUGGGGGUCCCUGGUGCGGUAAUGCGUAUUUCGGGCCGGAUGGGCGAGCUUAUCAUCGCAGAGUGUUACAGGAAGGGGCAGAGACAGAUGAGAAAGCGGCAAGAAUAGCUUUAUCUGUCCUACCACAUUUGGAGAGUAUAUCAAUUGGAGGGUCGACUCCCCAUAUGACCAAAGAAGGUGGGAACAAAGUGGUUUUUGUAUGGCCAUGGACCGGGAGAAUGGAGGAAUGGUUGCUAGAGCAAGUCCCCGACGUAUCUAAGGAUGACCCAUGGUACGAUGCCUAG